AUGCUUUCCAAAAAGGAGGACUGUGUCGGAGUCUUUCAAAGGGAACUAUCUGUGACGAAGAUGAAGAGCAUCAUGGGACCUGCUCCCACUCUUCUAGUGCCCAGAGUGUGGGCUAAUCCACGUAACUUCAACUUUGAUAACAUCGGCAAAGCAAUGUUGGCUCUCUUUGAGGUGCUGUCGCUGGAGGGCUGGGUGGAGAUAAGAGAUAUUAUUACGCAUCGAGUUGGCCCGGCAAGUGACUUUGCUCCUUCAGAUUCUUCUCAUUUAUAA